ACCUUUUGUAGGUCAAGAUAGGCGGACGCUUCGUAAAUUCUGUAGCUGGGUUUUACGUGGCUAACAGUGACCGUAAAUUCGCAUGUUCAGAGUAGUUAGGAAUGGCACCUUCAAACACCUUGUGUAUGAUACAGUCUGAGGUGUCCCUUAUGCUUACUGCACUUCGAUGCAGUCAUAGGAAUUCCUUCAGGGUGUAUCAGGAUGACAGCAAAAAGCCACUACUACUAAGUUUUGGUCAGCUGAGAUCUAUUUUAAAUGUAGCGACAAGCGUAAAUGAACUAGAACCAUUGGUGUAUCUUACCCCAUUUCUUGAGGUUAUUCGUUCAGAGGAUACAACUGGCCCAGUUACGGGUUUAGCAUUAACUGCUGUGGACAAGUUUUUGUCGUAUGGACUUUUGGAAUUACCUCCGGGAAAACCAGACGAAUUACCUUUGUCUGGGCCUGGAUCGUUAAGUUCUAUCGCCAUGGCAGUGGAAGCAAUUGCUGAUGCUAGUACUCAAGCUCGUUUUGUAGGAACAGAUCCACGUUCGGCAGAGGUUGUAUUAAUGAAAGUUUUGCAUUUACUACGAACACUGUUGCUUGUACCCGCUGGCACGCUUGUUUCAGAUCGAGCUGUUCGAGAAAUUCUACAGAGUUGUUUUCGCAUCUGCUUUGAGCCGAAAUUGAGUGAAUUACUUAGAAGAACUGCUGAAUUGUGUUUAGCAUCGAUGAUUCAAUUAUUUUUCAGUCGGUUACCAACUUUGACUGGAUUCAGAAUAGACCGAAAUAUACAACAAUCAGUCAAUUCGUGUUCUGAUAUUGAAACAGCAGUAAUGGAUAAACAAUCUUCACAAAUUGCUGUGUCUGGUGAAGCUAAUCAAACUCCUUUAGAGUGUCGUGAUGAUAGUAAUGAAGCUACUCUCGUUGUAAAAAGUGAAGCAGUAAUUGAAGAAAUUCCCUGUGAAAUGUCAGUCUGUCCUAAUGAUGACUAUGUAGGCAAUUCCCAAACUGCUUGUAAUUUUUCUCAUAAUUUAGGCGAUCCAAAAAGUUGUUCCAACCACUCAGCCGAUUCAAAUCAAAUAGAAUUUGUCGACCACGAUAAAGCUGCCUCAACAUUUGACUUCGGUGUUCAUGAAUCAUCUGAUCCGAUUGCUACUCAGUGUGCACAGUCACUGUCUGCUGUUAGCCCGAAUGAUGAAAGUGAUAAUAAUAAACUAACUGUGGCAUCGACACAAUCAGAUACAUAUUCGGAUGAAUAUCAACCUGUUGAUACAAGUCAACCACAACCGUAUACUAUUGCAGCUGUAUAUGAUUUGUUAUCCUACCUUAUAUAUUCACUUUCUCCUGUACAUAACAAUGAGAGUGUGAUAUCAAUUUCUUUGGGGCUUAUUACUAUUGCAUUAGAAACAGGCGCUGAUGCUAUAGCUAACAGUCCACGAUUAUUACAGUUAGUUCGAGGCGAUUUAACUAAAUAUCUAAUGUUGCUUUUAUCUUCCGAGGAUGUUUGGCAGUUCGCUGCUACCCUGCGUGUGUGUUUCUUGUUGUUCGAAUCUAUGCGAAGUCAUCUAAAACUACAAAUGGAAGUCUAUCUACAACGUCUAACAGCAAUCUGUUCAUCAGAUAAUGACUCAACAGGAUAUGAAUUUCGUGAAAUUGCAUUAGAUUCAGUAGUUCGCCUAUUUCUUGUCCCAGGUUUAGCUACUGAACUCUAUGUGAAUUAUGAUUGUGAUCCGUAUUGUUCAAAUUUAUUUGAAGAUAUUACAAAGAUGUUGGCAAAAAAUGCCUUUCCUGUUGAACGCUUAAUGGGUACACAUUUAUUAGCAUUAGAUGCAUUACUUGUUGUAUUGAAUACAAUUGAAAUUCAGUGUAGUACACCAUCAGUACUUGUUCAACCAGCAGCAUCAUCCGGCAUGACGAAGGCAGCAACAACAACAAAUCAAAACUAUACAGAUAAAUCUACGAAUCUGUUCCGUUAUUUACCGCUUUCUGAUAGUACUAACAAAUGUAAAUUACGCUUAAAUAGACACUAUGUUGAUUCAACGAAAUUACCGUCUCGAGAUGAAUUGAAUGCAUCAAAAGCUAAAAAGAAGUUAUUAAUGCUUGGUUCGGAUCAGUUCAAUGUGAAACCAAAGCGUGGAAUAACAUUUUUACAAGAACAUAGUAUUUUACAAAAGCCAUUGAAUUAUGAUGAAUUGGCCGUGUUUCUUCGUGAAAAUCCACGUCUAGAAAAACGUAUGAUCGGUGAAUAUAUUAGUGAACGUGAGAAUGUGGAUGUUUUAGCAGCAUUUGUUAGACAAUUUAAUUUUGUUGGAGUUCCUAUCGAUGAAGCUCUUCGUGCUUAUGUAGAAGCAUUUCGUCUACCUGGUGAAGCACCACUAAUUCAAAGGAUUAUGGAACAUUUUGCAGAACAUUGGUAUAAAUCAAAUAAUUCACCAUUUGUUGAUGUUGAUGCAGCUUUUACACUGGCAUAUGCCAUAUUAAUGUUGAACACUGAUCAACAUAAUCCAAAUUCUAAACGACAAAAUGCACCAAUGCGUAUGGAAGAUUUUAAAAAAAACCUAAGUGGUAUGAAUGGAAAUCAAGAUUUUGAUCCAAAACUGUUGGAAUCAAUUUUCAAUAAUAUUCAUAACAAUGAAAUUGUCAUGCCUAUUGAACAGACAGGUUUGGUUCGUGAAAACUACUUAUGGAAGUGUCUACUUCGGCGUUCAUCAACAAAACAAGCACAGUUCAUUCAUCUACAGACUGGUGUAUUGGAUGCUGAUUUAUUUGAAUUAAUCUGGGGACCAACAGUAUCAGCAUUAUCGUUUAUCUUUGAUAAAACUACAGAUCCUGAAGUUCAGAAUAAAGCGGUUGAUGGAUUUCAUCGAUGUGCAACUAUAGCUGCUUAUUAUGGAAUGAGUGAUGUUCUAGACAAUUUAGUUAUUUCAUUGUGUAAAUUUACAACUUUAUUAACUGCCAAUGAUAUCAAUCCUACAAAUUUGUCAGUUCUGCUUGGACGUAAUACAAAAGCUUGUCUAGCUCUACGCUUAGUAUUUAGUAUUGCUUCGAAACACGCAGAUAUUCUACGCUAUGGUUGGCAUUCACUAUUAGACUGUCUACUUCAAUUGUUUCGCGCGAAUCUUAUACCCUAUGAAUUAUUAGAAUCACAAGAUUUUCUAACUUCAUCACGAAAGGUCUAUGUGACAACUGAAGGUUGCAUACCGAUGAAAAGUAGGUCGAAGUCUUCACGUCAUUCGCUUAAACGUAGACAGAAAACUUCCCAUUCACAGAAUACCAAUUCUAAUCGGGAACUGGGUGUUUUUAGUUCAUUCUAUCAGUAUUUAACAACUGGAUCAACAUGGAUUGCUUCAGGUGAUGAAGAAGAUGAAUCAAAAGAUGAUGACAGCGAUGAUGAUGAUGUUGACGAAAAUGGCAACGAUGGGAUUUUAUUAAAUAAAAAAGAUCAUGGUAUAUCUUCAUCAUCUCGUGAUUGUAAAUCAUCAUCGAAGGGUAAUAGCUCACCAGAUAGCGGAAUAUUCAAUCAAAAUGAAAGCAAAUUAUUCAGUAGUAUGAUGAAUCAAAAUAAUUUAUUAUCAUCCUCUAUUAACCGUAAUGGUGGGCAGUUAGAUGAACAUACAGCUACUCGUUUUGCUUCAGAAGUUGUUUUACAAUGUCAUAUUGCACAAUUGAUUGAAGACAGUAAAUUUUUGGUUGACGCUUCGUUAAUUGAAUUAAUCAAGGCUUUGUUAUGCGCUACACGCGGAGAUGUUCAUGCUACACUGCUGAAUAAUUUUGAUUUUGAUUCAAUGUUUUCUAUGGAUGGUCUAUUGCAUAUUACUUCUCAGUCAGUACAAAAUAGUGUCAAUUCUGAUUCAGGGAUAUUUACAUCCUUGUCCACUACUGGUUCAAAUGCUCAAACCAGCACUUAUAUUUCAGAAGCUAUUACAGGUGUUCCAACACAACAAUACUAUACUUCAUUGCCCCAGAAUUCCCUUUCUUCAACUUCACCACCAUUACUUCAAUGGAUUGGUAGUGCCAGUUCCACUGCAUCUUAUUAUUCACCGUGUAAUUCUGCAAGUGAUGGUACCUCUUCGUUAGAUGAUUGUCGUGUAUUUUGUCUUGAAUUGCUUAUUCGUGUUUUAAUGCAUAAUCGUGAUCGAUUUGCUGGGUUUUGGUCUUUGGUAAGAUACCAUCUGGCCGACGUGUUGUUAUCUACACGUCCACCGAAUCAUCUUGUUGAAAGAAUAAUUGUUGGCUUUCUUCGUUUAGCCAUCUGUCUGUUACGUCGACAUGAAGUAACUAGUCAAAUAUUUGCAACAUUGUAUUGGCUUCUUUUAAAUCAUGGUGAACAAUUGAUGUACUAUGUUAAUGCAAAAACAAACGCAUCAUCUUCAACAUUGAGACAGUCAGGGGGCGGGGGUGUUGGUGUUGGUGGUAUUACCUCACCGAAAAUGUCCAAUUCACGUAGUAUCAAUAAGAAGUCUUCUACUGUCGGCGUCAACAAUGUUGACUCUAUGCUAUUAGCGCUAUUCAAACAAGGUUCACGUGUUGGUCGACAGGUGAUUGCUGGUUUAACAGAUUUGUUAAGAAAUCACGCUGCUGAUCUACCAGAUCCAACUACAGAUUGGAAGCUUAUCUUUGGCUUACUAGAGGUUUGUGGUGCUGGUCGACGAGCGAAUAUCAUUAUACAAAAAGGUGGAAGUGAUAAACUGAUUUAUGCUAAUAAAGAUGAGCUGGAAAGAACGACGCUUGAUAAUAGUCGACAGUUGUUUCCUACAAAUGGGCAUGAAUCAAAUCGUGGUUAUACCAGCGAUAGUGAAACACUUCGUACUGUUCAUGAUCUACCACCACCACCUGUAUCAAGUUCUUCGUCGCUACAGCUAUCCAAUACACAAUAUGAUAAAGUAUCAGAAAAAGUCAAUGAACCGAUAACUUCAGUCAAUUCAUCAUCAGAAGUAGAUCCAACAACGCUUGAGAUAAAUAAAAAGGCUUUUUCAGAAUCCUAUGACGUAUUAUCCAAGCUGUCAAUUAGUGAAAUACAAAAUCCUAUUAUGGAUAAAUCAUCUUUAUUUACCACUCCAUUGGUGUUAAGUUACGAAGUGCCUAUAGGGUCACGUGAUCCAGUGACAUUAGAACAAGCAACUGAUUGUUUAGCCUUUUUAGUUCGUGAUCCAGCUCAUAUAACACCGGAUAACUUUGAGUAUGCUGUUCAAGCUUUACGAGUUUUUGUUGAAGCGUGUCUUCAUAGACCACCAAAACACACCAAUAAGAGUCGUCUGUCAGAUACGCAUAGCAGUACAAAUAAAAUCAAUACAGAUACACGUCGACCUCCAUCUGAUUGUCCAAGAGUUUCAUCAAAUCAUCAAAUGCAUCAUCAUAAUCAACGCCAUUGUCAUUAUGCUUUGUCCGAUUCAGAUACGGAUAAUGAAUAUCACGAGAAGGAGAAAUGCAGAAAAACUGAAAAUGGAAUUUUAUUCACUGAAACGAUGUUGAGUCCUGUGACUAGUGUUAUUGCUAUCCAGCUUCUUGAUCUGAUCAGUAUAUUGUUCACACGAGCGAUAUCGAUAUAUACUGAAUGGACAAAAGUGAGCUUUGAUAGAGUAACACCAUCAUGUGCUGCAACAAAUGAUGACGGUGAUGUUGACAGCGAUAAACAUUUAAAUAGCACCCGUGAGUUAGUGGCUGAAUCUACACUAACUAAUGUAGAUCGAUUAAAUCUAGAUCAUUUAUGGACUAAUUGUUGGCGACCUUUACUUCAAGCUACAGCUAGACUUUGUUCAGAUAUUCGUCGAGAUGUUAGAACAGAUGCAUUGAGUUAUCUACAGAAGGCUCUACUCUCACCAACAUUACAUUCAUUAAAUGGUAAACAGUGGGAAGAUUGUUUCGAUAAGGUUCUCUUCCCAUUAUUAUCCGGUUUCCUAGAGAGCAUCGCACUUGAAGAAGCUAUUGCUGCAAACUCACAAAGAGAGAAUAACAUUGGUAGUGUUGGGGCUGGUGGAACUACUAAUCAUAACUCAAAUAGCACUGGAUAUGGUUAUCAUUUACAUACUGUGGAGUUUGCUGAUCCACGUAUGCGUGCUAUCCCUUUAUUGACCAAAGUCUACCUACAACAUCUUCGGCCCUUAUAUGAAUUGGAUACCUUCAAUGUACUGUGGAUACGUAUGCUGGCAUAUAUGGAGCGUUAUAUGCUUGCCAGUAGCUCUGAUUCAUUGACGGAUGCUGUACGUGAAUCUCUAAAGAAUGUACUGUUAGUUAUGUGCACUGGAACGCAUGACAUCAAUCCAAUUUUAAUUAAAAAUUCUCCACCAGGUUCCAAUUCCGCUAUACUCUGGGAGUUGACAGAAAAACAUUUGUCAACAUUUUUACCUGAAUUAUUAGAACAAUUGUUUCCAAGUAAUCCACCUGAAACAAUGAUGAUGAUGGUGGACGCAAAUGUUACUCCUGUGUCAGCGAUGACGAAGACGACAACAACAACAGUAAUGGAUUUACCUUCGAAUGUUUCAGGCGAAGCUAUCCAAGUCUUAUCUGAUCCAUGUGUAAAUGAAGUCACGCCAUCCCAGCCAUCUGUCUGCAAACUAACUGAUAAUGUUCCCAAUUCAGAUAUUGUUGUGGUAGAACAGUGCGUAAAUCUUCAGCACGAUAAAACUGGAGAAUUCUCGGGUCCCUCGGCAGCAACAACAGUCGCAGCACCAGUCGUCUUGCCUCUAAAUCAAAGCAUAUCUGCGAUUCAAAAUUUGUGAUGUGUUGGUCAUAUUCUUUUUCUCUCUCUCUGCGUUUGUCAAUUGUCAUCAUUCCUUUACACUUUCAUGAUCAUUUCCUUCCAGUAUCCCAUGAUUUUAUCUAUUCUGUAUCUUUUUUUAUAGUACUAUAAUACACACAGAAAUGCAUCAUUUUGUACUGUUCAUCGUUACUUACCACUUCUAUGUAAUAAUAAUAAUAUUCAUGAUAAUAAUUUGUUUGUUUGACUGCAUGUACGCAUGUAUCUGUGUGUACAUUACAUCAGAAUAGUCUUUCAUGUAAAUUAUCACUCCUCUUCUGUUCUACUAAACUCUCUGGGCUUGCAUACAAGAUCGGAUGUCUGCCAUCAACUACCAAUACUAAUGGAUGAUAAUGGAAGUGUCUUCUAUGUUCUUGUUUUAAAAAUAAAACUGUGUGCUACUAAUUUCAGUUUUUCUAUUAUCUUGUCUUUCUCUUCUCUCAUAUUCCAUGCUGAUGUUUAUUUUUUUAAUGAUGGUCAAAAAGGUUUCGAACUUCUUCACACUGAGGAUUGUGAUGGCACUCGUCUCACAUAUUAACUACCUUCUAUGAAAUUUUAAACACCUUUCUAAUAAUAAUAAUAGUGUAUCCAUCAGUUCACACCUGUGUGUUUGUAAUGUACAAAUAUUUUUUGUCUUUUUCAUUCUCAUUAUUACCCUCGUUUUCAUUGUGAAUUAACAAUUUUCCUUAGUUGAAAUAUAUAAGUCAAAGCAAAACUAAAUUGCUUUGCUUUCUUUUCUAUAUACUAAACUGGCAGGUAUAAAAGGAGGCGAUCGCUUACGAUGUAAAUUUCUUCAGAUAGUGUUGGUUUUAUGUGAUUUUGUUUCACGUGUUUAGACGAAUGCUGUAUAAUGCUGUCAGAUGUGUUACUUUUGUCCGUUUCAAAUGUGUUCUGUCCUUUGUUGAGGUGUUUUCAAUAUCACAUCACACAUGAAACCAUCUGGCAACAGCUUCUGUCUUCAUCCGACAUUUUUAGACAGCUUCAGUUGAAGUAGGUGUUCUUUUUUUCAAGAUUUUUUAUGGCAAAGGUCAGCUAAAAUGAGGUAAAUAAAUGGAUUAUAAAAAGAAAUGGAAAUCACAGUGGCUAUUUGAAACUGUAGAAAUCCUUGAAAAUGAUUAAUUUUUUUCAUCAUCUAACCUUCCUUCCCUACUUGUUUUAAAAAAAUCAUUUAAUCUGAGAAAAUCUCUGCUAAACUAAAUUGAAACUAAAGGGGACGUCCAAGUUUAUAAACAUGAUUUGUGCCUACGAUAAAAUACACUUUUCUUUUAGAUUAUCUGUGUCUGCAGCUGAUGAAUGUCAAUUACGUGAGUGGGACCUACCUUACAUUAACUUCGUGUGAAGUUUGUACAACAAUAUUCGUGCACCUGGAAAUAUGUUACAUCUAUCCACGAAAUCUGACUCUACAACUAAAUACUACAUAAGGUAUGAAUUAAACAAUAAGUAGUUACAGAUGGUUUUAAUUCUCACCAACGUGUAGUAACGCUUCACUUGAUUUCCCGCCUAGCAAGCGAUUACUCACUAAUAGAAACUAAUAGAACUUAGCUCCCUGUCACUUGAUGGUACCACUUCACAGGCAGAGAUUAUAUUUCUUGCAACUAUGCUUAGCCUAUGGUAGUCUGUUAGUUAGUAUCUGUACAGUAUUUCCAUGACACUGAAGUUGAUGUCUCCAGGUGGUAACGGUUUCUCCUGGAUGCGUUGUUAACUAAUGUUAGAAGUGUUUACGUGUCUGAUACAAGCAGCAUAAAGUUAGUGGUAAUCUAGCAUACGCGGUCACUAACAUUAUCUGACGUGCUUUAGUUUAACUUCAUCUGAUUGAUUCACUCUUCGUAAAUGGCAUAUACCACCAAAGAUAACAAAGUCUUUUUGUACAAAAGAACUUGUGUUUUUUAUUAAUUUAUUAUUCAUCCAUCAUAAUAUAUUCACAUUUCC